CCGGAACCUUUCAUUUACGCUAUUUUUCCUUGCGCGUGAGGGACGUUUGUAAUUGUUACCAUUGAAGAAACUGUGAAGGGAAAUGGAAUAAUAACACAGUUUGUUUAAAAUACAUUUGUCGUUUGCACAUUGCGACUGGACUUAAAAAAGGGAAUGCUACAGGUACCCCGGUGAGGAUGUGUAGGUAGUGCUCUGGGAGCCCUGCGAGACGCCAUGUCAGAAGAGGCGAUCUCAGGAAGUGACCUGGAACCCAGUGUCAACAGCGAGGAAGAGGAGGAGGAUGUGGAAGACGAAGCGGAGGAGGAGAUGGAGGAAGAUGAUGAUGAUGAUGACAAUGAUGGAGACGAUGAAGAUGACGUUGCUGAGCGGCCGCACAGUGGCCAGACCAGUGCUGCAGAGUCGGACGCUGAUGCCUCCAGGGGAGGCCUGGACUCUCCCUCAGCUACCUCACCCUCCGGAGAGCCCUCCUCGUCUGAGCCUCCGUCCAGGCCCACCUCCACCACCCCCUCUCACUCCCAGCCCUCCUCCAGACCCCACACCCCCUCUCACUCCCAGCCCUCCUCCAGACCCCACACCCCCUCUCACUCCCAGCCAACCUCCAGACCCCACACCCCCUCUCACUGCCCAGACAAACCCCGACCGGGCAAGCCUAAGAAACAGAGGUCCUCCAAAUCUUCAAAGUCGUCCAAAUCAUCUAAACCCUCCAAGCUCUCCAAGCCAGCUCACAUGAGGAAGAAUAUCAGGAAGCUGCUGAAAGAGCACCAGCUGGAGGCAGUGACUCAGACAGCCCAGCAGGAGGAGAUGGAGAGACGCCGCCGUCUGGAGCAACAGAGGAAGGACUUCCCUGCCCCCCCGCCUCCGCCCCUGCCCCCACCUGUACCUGUAAUGGAGCCCCAGCCAGAAGAGACAGCCUGCAAGUCAGAGGAUGUGUCCCAGGAGGUGUCUGGCUUCCUGUCCAGAGAGGAAGUCAUCUGUCUGGACAGCAGCAACAGCAGCUCUGGGGGGGAGGAGGAGGAGGAGGAGGAGGAGGACACCAAGCCCCCAGCCCCGUUCAUCGGAGGCGACGUGAUCGAGCUGAGCUCUGGAGACGAGGAUGCGCUGCAGAUCAGCAGUGAGUCUGGGGAGGAGGAUGUGGAGGGGGCGGGGGGCAUGGAGAGCAGUGGUGCCCACAUCAACGACACCCACAACCUCCCUGACGCCCAGGGCCGAGUCCUGGUCAACAUCAACCACCCUGCCGAGGAGGACGACCUGUUCCUGGCUCCCCAGCUGGCACGGGCCGUCAAACCCCAUCAGGUGGGAGGGAUACGCUUCCUGUAUGAUAACCUGGUGGAGUCUCUGGAGCGCUACAGGAGCAGCUCUGGGUUUGGCUGCAUCCUGGCCCACAGCAUGGGCCUGGGCAAGACCCUGCAGGUCAUCUCCUUCACAGACAUCCUGCUGAAGCACACCCAGGCUCACACCGUGCUGGCCAUCGUCCCUGUGAACACGCUGCAGAACUGGCUGGCUGAGUUUAACCUGUGGCUCCCCGCCCCUGAAGCACUGCCCCCAGACAGCGACCCGGCCUCCAUCACCCCGCGCUCCUUCAAAGUCCACAUCCUCAACGACGAACACAAAACCACGGUGUCCCGUGCCAGGGUGGUGGAGGACUGGUCCAGGGAUGGAGGGGUGCUGCUGAUGGGCUAUGAGAUGUACCGCCUGCUCUCCCUGAAGAAGAGCUUUGUGGGGGGCAAGAAGAGGAAGUCCAAGAAGCCCACUGGACCAAUCAUCAUAGACCUGGAUGAGGAGGACAGGCAGCAGGAGCUCAUGAAGGGGAUCGAGAAGGCCAUCGCGCGUCCCGGCCCAGACGUGGUGAUCUGCGACGAGGGCCACCGCAUCAAGAACUACCACGCCAGCACCUCCCAGGCCCUGAAGAACAUCCGCUCCCGGCGCCGCGUGGUGCUGACCGGCUACCCGCUGCAGAACAACCUGAUCGAGUACUGGUGCAUGGUGGACUUCGUCAGGCCCGACUUCCUGGGCACGCGGCAGGAGUUCAGCAACAUGUUCGAGAGGCCCAUCCUGAACGGCCAGUGCAUGGACAGCACGCCGCAGGACAUGCGCUUGAUGCGAUACCGCAGCCACGUACUGCACAGCCUGCUGGAGGGGUUCGUUCAGAGGCGUGGUCAUGACGUGCUGAGGGACCAGCUGCCCUCCAAGGACGAGCACGUGAUCCUGGUCAGGCUGUCCCCCCUGCAGAGGGCGCUCUACACAGAGUUCAUGAACCGCUUCAGAGAGGCAGGAAACUCUGGCUGGCUGGGCCUCAACCCUCUCAAGGCCUUCUGCGUGUGCUGCAAGAUCUGGAACCAUCCAGACGUUCUGUAUGAAACCCUGCAGAAGGAGAACCUGGCUAAUGAGCAGGACCUGGACCUGGAUGACCUCAGCUCCUCCACAGCCCGCUGUGCCUCCAGGGCCAAGGCUGGCGAUGCCGCCGCCCGUGUCAACGCCACCACCCUGCCACCACUCAACCCCAUCCAGGAGAGGGCCAACCAGACCAUCACCUACGAAUGGGCGAAAGACAUCAUGACCAACUACCAGAUGGGGGUCCUGGAGAACUCUGCCAAGAUGCUGCUGCUCUUUCACCUCAUCGACGAGAGCGUCCGUGCUGGAGACAAGAUCCUGGUGUUCAGCCAGAGUCUGUCUACCCUGACAGUCAUCGAGGACUUCCUGUCCAAACGGCCGCUGCCUCACUGUGGUGCCGCCGACUACAACUACAGCCAGACGUGGGUCCGCAACCUCAACUACUACAGACUGGACGGGAGCACAUCAGCGUCGGAGAGAGAGAGGCUGAUCAACCACUUCAAUGACCCUAACAACAGCUUGGCCUGGGUCUUCCUGUUGUCCACCAGGGCGGGCUGUCUGGGGGUGAACCUGAUCGGGGCGAACCGCGUGGUGGUGUUCGACGCCUCCUGGAACCCGUGCCACGACGCCCAGGCCGUGUGCCGCGUCUACCGCUACGGCCAGAGGAAGCCCUGCCACAUCUACCGGCUGGUGUGUGACUUCACCCUGGAGAAGAAGAUCUAUGACCGGCAGGUCUCCAAACAGGGCAUGUCAGACCGGGUGGUGGAUGACCUGAACCCCGUGCUGAACUUCACCCGUAAGGAGGUGGAGUCUCUGCUGCACUUUGUGGAGGAGGAGCCGGACCCAGCCAGCGCCAGCCUGGAGCCCCCUGCUGGCACGGAGGCUGUCCUGCAGCAAGCUUGCCUGCUGUACCCGCACCUCAUCACCAAGCCACCGUUCCACCACGAGUCCUUGCUGGUGGACAGGAAGGAGAUGAAGCUCACCAAAGCAGAGAAGCGAGCAGCCAAGAAGAGCUACGAGGAGGAGAAGAGGGCGUCGGUGCCCUACUCCCGGCCCUCCUACGCCCACUACUACCCCACCAGCGACCAGCCCCUCACCAACAUCCCCGCCUUCAGCCAGCGCAACUGGCGUCCAACAGGGCGGGGAGACGACAAGCCGGUGGCCAGUGUGCGUCCGGUCCAGGCCACGCCCGUGCCCAUGAUGCCCCGGCAGGUGCACGCUGGCUCCAGCUCCACCUUCCCCGUCAACUACCUGCAGAAGGCUGGCGUUUACGUGCAGAGGAUCGUCACCACCACUGAUAUAGUGAUCCCUGGAGCCAACAGCACCACCGACGUCCAGGCUCGCAUCGGAGCGGGAGAGAGCAUCCACGUGAUCAAGGGCUCCAAAGGUACGUACAUCAGGACCAGUGACGGGAGGAUCUUCGCCAUCCGCUCAGGGAAGAUCAGCCGGCCUGCAGAUGGAGGAUCAGCCUCUUCCAGAGAUUCCCAGGGUUCCCUGCUCCACUCCAACGGCUGCUCCUCCCCCGCGGAGCAGAGCCCCAACAGCGGGCAGCGUCCGUCCCCGCCGGACAGCCCUGAGAUCCUGAGAGAGCUGGGCUGCUACCCCGUGCCCCCCACCGACAGCAGCACCACGGGAAGCCACCUCCCUUCUCCUCUGGACCCAGCUCCUGCCAACACAGCCACCGGAGACACUGGAGGCAACUCACGCCAUGGCCAGAUGGUGGACCUCAGCCGGGGCCUGGAUAUCCUCAUCCCCCCUCUGGAUGUGCACGGCAGCAAACGCAAAGUGGCACCCGUGGGCGAGAGAGGCGGCAAACGAGGCAAGCGUGGCUCUGCAGUGUCCCGGUACCCCGGCAUGUCUCUGUCUGGGGGGCUCAGCUACCCCCAGGCAGGGGGCCUGAACCCGGGAUCCCUGAUGGGGGCCCUGGGGCACAUGAGCCACCCGAUGCUCAUGGGUGCUGGGGCCGGUGGGGGUGAUGCUGCAGGCGGGAGCAGCAGUGGCUCCUCCUACCUCCAGAACCCGGGACACGCACUGUGUGACCUGCAGGCCAUGUUCCCCACCGCAGGAACCAACUUCCUGGGCCCAGCCACAGGCAACGGACACCUGCCCUCAUCCUCCUCCUCCACCUCAGCUUUCUCCUCCACCACAACCACCAUGGCUUCUUUACCCCCGGCUUCCUCCUCCUCCCUCCCUCCCUACCUCCUCAACCCCAGCAUGGCCGGUCUCCUGUCUGGCUUCCCCCUCACCUACAGCCAGUCCCAGCCCCGGAUGUACCCAGGCUCCAUGCACCUCCCAGGGGCUGGGAUGCUGUCGUCAGCCACCCCCAGCUCCACAGUGUCCUCCUACCAGGCCCACUACCCCGGCUCUCCCUCCAGCCUGCUGGGGGCGGCGCUGAGCCAGCCGGACUCCUACCCCCAUGAUCUCGCUGCCGCCGAGAAUGGAGGGAGCAGCUCGGACGAUGAUGUCAUAGAGGUGACGGGGCAGUAAAGGGGUGGGGACCAUGACGGGUGUAAAUCUGAUGGGGGUCACCCUCUAGGAGAUGUCCCUUUGUUUGGUUCGACCCUCAAGGGAGGCCCCCUAAACACACACACACUGACACAUUCUUUAAACACACAUGGGCUCUCCCAUGCCCUGGGUGGACACAGGACAGCAAAGCAGUACCGUGGAGCGCUUACCCAAACUACAAAAUAUCAAAUCCUUAUGCUGAAUAUCCAGAGUGAAGUACCUGUACACAGAGAAGACCCAGUGACCGUGAUGGUCUUGGGCUUCACCAAACAUGGCCUCUCCUACUUGAUUGGCCUUGCAUUUAAACCAAUGGACAUAGAGGAACUGUUGGAUUAUUGUCAGUUUGGAAUUGUGGCACAACAAUAUCAACAACAAGCUUUUCCUUUAAGAGCUUCUUCUUGAGUGGUUGUUAGAUAUUUGACAUUGUAGCAUCCCCCUGUUGGAGAAGGAGGACCUUAAAUGUGACAUGGAUGUUUUUGAUCAAAUACAACUAAUAUUGUAUUAUAGUUUUUUCUUUUUCUGUGUAAAUGAUGGUUAUAAUCAUUCAUUGUUUAUAUUGAAAAUUUGGCUAGGUGUUCAAGGGAAAGGUUCCUAGUCAGUUGAUGCGCUAUUCUGAUCAAGUUAAAGAUGAUAAACCAUACCCUCUACUGGGCAAUGUUACUUUUUUUGUUUUCAGAGACCUUAAAACUCAAUGAAUGUACUUUCCUGUCAGCCUUUGAUAACAGGGUCUGGAACAAGGGUUCGGACACACUCGUUCGUUUGUAUAGCCUUAAAGUGACACGGGAAAGGGUCUUGAGUGCGUUUAUAUCAGAAGGCUCAGCCCUCAUUUUGUUAGCAGAUUUCCUGAGCAUCCAGACGGCGCCAAGCCUGAGGCCCAGACCACCCUGCGGCUGCUGUCCACCAACACCACAGACACCUGCUGUUUUCUUGAUCAAACAUGGUCACACUUCUUUUUGAGGUUGUGGUGUUCAUAGUAUAGGUCUCAGUGUAUAGCAUGGUAGAAGUACGUAGCCACCAUUGUCACUGUUGUCAAAAGGAGACCAGAUUCUAUUUGAACACGAAGGACUGUGCUAACGGAGAGCAAUGGCCUUACCCAAAUGACAAGCAGCAGUGCCCCUGACAGCACUGCAGUGUAAAGUAGCUUCUCUGUACAGUCCAUGUAGUUUCACAGAGCUGUAGGUGUGUCUCUUGCUGUUCCCUGUGGUCCCCAACCAUGGUGUCACCUGCUGAUGCCAUCAGAUGAUUUUUUUUUUCCCCCAUUCAAAAGUUCUGAGCAAAAAUAACAUGUUAACUAUUAGUUCCAGAUAUAGCGACAUCCGGUGUGCUUUUAUUUCUGGUGAUGACAUCAUGGUCAGUCUCUCUUGAACGUCACAUGCUUUAGUUUGACUGUUGUCCUGUCAGAAACACCUGCUCUGUCAGAAACACCUGUCCAGUCAGAAACACCUGCUCUGUCAGAAACACCUGCUCAGGCUACAGUUGUGUUUCCUGUCAGGCUCAUUUCCUAAACCGUUCGAUGCUUUUUGCUUGAUUUGGCUGAAUCAUUGAUGGAUUGGAAAAUGUGGUGAUAUUUGGUUUCACAGUUUGGCAGAUGAACUUGAUUCCCAUCUUGGGUCCAAUCAAGUGUUCAGCCUAGCUGGGGGACCAGAUUCACUGUGUUUUUGUAUCCAUGAGUGAUUCAGACAAUCAGCUCAGUUUUUCUUAUGUCUUUUUUAUGUAGGCGCUUCGAUCAUGACAACUUGGGGACGAAGACCUGCUAUUUCUCUGUUGUUACUGUACGUAUAAUUUCAAAUGUCAUAAAGACUUUUUUUUCUAAGUAAUGUUCUUUUAUAACUUCUCAAUAAUGUUAACACACCUCUUGUAGUUGGUUCCUUAUUUCGAUGUAUGGAUUUACCAAAAUUAUUUAUUUAAGAUGGAAGAUUAAUUCAUCAGUUUUUAUUUUUGUACAUUACACUGUUUUUUAUGCUGUUCUCUUCAUGAUGACUGACUGAGGAUGAGAACAGAUAUCCAGACCGCCUGGCCGUUCAGUCAUCCCAUGUAUUUCACGUAGAGGAGAAUCAAAAUUGUGUUAUUAAUGUUAUUUUAACAGAGAAUAAAAACACUUCUCUUGCA